AUGGCCGCGCUGCAGCCAGAGUCUGCGCUGGUCAUCCUCACCCGGGCCUUGUUUGUGGCGCCAAGGAGCGCGAGACUGCACUUUGAGCGCGGGGCGUUGCUGGAGCUGCUGGGCGACGUCGGCGCGGCGGCGGCGUCGUUUGCGCUCGCUCAAGAGUGCACCAAGGACGACGAGUACAUGCUCGGGCGACGCGCGCGCGAUCGCGAGGCAGAUGUGCGGUACACCGAGGGCGUGCGGCUGUUGAAGGAGGGCGACGCGGAGGGCGCCGCCCGGUGGCUGGAGGCUGCGUGCGAGCUCAAGCCCGAGGCUGCAGGCAUGGCCAUCCACAAGGCUGCGGCGUAUCUGGCGCUUGGCGCGCAAGAGGCAGCGCUGGUGGUCCUCACGCAGAUUGUGGACAAGGUCGAGUCGGAAGGGAGCGGGUCGGAGACCAAGCUCGCGGCGCUGGCCAUGCGGGCGACGCUGCUGCACAACAUGCGCCGGCUCCGCGAGGCCCACUUGGAUGUUAUCCGGCUGCUGCGACUCUCGCCGCGGCACAGGAUCGGACUUGCACUCUCGCGGCAGUGGGACACGCUCCAAGCCACGUACCGGGUCGAAGCUGCUCACAAGCAGCUCAACGGCGAGAUGGAGGAGGCGGCGACGUCGCUGGCACGUGCGCGCGAGCUCGCGCCCGACGAUCCGGCCCUCAUCCUGCGCGAGUGCUCCUUGGCGCGCCAGCAGGGCGAGCACGAGACGGCCCUGGCGCUGCUCGACUCGCUCGCACAGAGCAGCAAAAUGACAGCCGUGCAGCGGAAAACUCGCGAGACGUACUACGCGCUCGUCCACAACGACCUCGGUGUGGCGGCGUACCUCACCGGUGACCAUCUCGCCGCCAUCCGCGCGUUCAACAACGCGAUCAAGACCGCGCCGGCAACGGCCGCGUUUUACAUCAACCGCGGUGACGCGCGCCGCGACUCGGGCAAGCUCGAGCUGGCCAUUGCCGACUAUCACUCAGCCCAUGAGCUGCUCGCCGGGCUCCGUGACACCAGCUCGACAGAGCAAAAGCACCAGCUCGACCUGCGGCUUUCGGUCUGCCACGACCAGCUGGGCUCAACCGAGUUUGUGCGCGGCAACUACGAGCACGCGGUGCUCGAGUUCUCGCAGGCAAUCAAGCUCGCGCCGGUCGCCGAUUACUACGUUCACCGCGCGCGGGCCUUCAUCCAGUCGCACGACCUGGCGCGGCUGCGCGAUGACCUGCGGGCGGCUCUCGCGCUCGACCCGGAGCAUCGCGAGGGCGUCGAGCUGUUUGCGAGGUACUUUCCGCAUGCUGAUGCCCUGCGCGAGUGA